GAAAUCAGUAAAACGUGACUAUGUCCCAAUCAAAAAAGAGAGACAAUGUGAAAUUGGAGGGCAAGCAGUUAUUUCGUGAUGAAGAUCGUAUGAGUUUCCCCCGUAUGAUUGCCAGGAUAUGGGGAAUGGUUGUUGCGAUCUCUUAUAUAUCAUCCGGGGGAAGUCUGGUAGCCAAUGCCACUACAAAAGAUUGCAAGAUAGUAGGAAUUUAUAUGGUUGUCAUUGGUAUCAUCAUAAUGGUCAUAGAAUGUCCAUGUUGCCUUCUCGUAAUUCAUCCAGGCAAUAAGUUAUGUGGUGCAAUGGAACGAAAUUUCCCAUUUUGGGUUAAAGGACUGGUCUACCUAGGGUUGAUGUUUACUCCACUUAUCCUGUGUUUUAGCUGGAAAACAAUGUUAACUUCUUUGACUAUGAUUAUUCUUGUGCUGUUAUACUUCUUCUUAACAUGUUUGCAAGGGAGCAAAAGGUAUGAAAGACUUCGUGGAGAAAUAAACUAUGAAUUUAAUAAAAAACAGGACCAAGUGAACUUUGCAUACAGCAGCUUUGGUCAUGCAUCAGCAACUGUUAAUGCAUUUCAGAGUGCAGCAAGAAAUUCAAAGACAAAAACUGGCAAAAGUAGAGGGUCUGCUGGGAAGCCUUCACAAAAAGCACAUGUCAAGAAACCUACAACUAAGGUUUAAAUGUGUAUGAUGGUAUAGAUCAGUGGUAGACUUUCUUAGAAUCUAUUUUAAUGUAAAAUUUCUUAUUGAAAAUAUAUGCACUGUACAGGGAGAACCUGAAUUGCAAAUUUGCAGUAACAAUUCCUCUUUGCAAUUUGAAUUCUCCCUUGCAGUAAAACGCUUCCAAUGUUUGUAACAUGAAAAGACUCUGGGAAAAUGUAGGUCAGUGGAGUCAUUCUUAGGACAAGGCUAGAAGGUUUAUGACGCAAUAAUAAGUGGCUUUUGAGAUUACAUUGCCUAUAGAUAUAUAUUAUAAAUAGCCCUUCAUAAUACAGUGAUCAGAAUAUUAACAUUACUAAUUUUUAAACCCAUUUUUCAUUGAAAAUAUACAAAGCAAUCUGAAUUUAAAACUUGUGUAAAAACACUUGAGCUAACUGUUUAUUUUCUUUCUAAGAAGUCUCAAUGAGAGUUGUUGUCAACAUUCCUUAUAUUGGCUAGGGGAAGCAGACAUUUGCACCUUGUCUCAUCCCUACAUGGGCUGUAACAACUAAUGAAAAGGCCAUUUUUUCAAUGACGCUUUGUAUUAUUUGGUUAGGCUUUUUUUAGAUAAUUGCCAAAGUGAAAGUCCAAAGUGAAUGGAAAAUUUUCACCAUAAAGCAAACACACACACACACACACACACAUGCACGCAAAUUUGAGUGUUUCAUAAUCCUAUUUUGAAAAGUUCAAAGUGGUCUGUGAAUCUUUUGAUACUUGUGAUUACAUUAGCUGAUGCAAUGAUCUUAUUCUUGGCUGUGUAAGCUGCACUUUGAAGAAUCCUUUCUUAACAAUUUUCUGUAAAUUCAGUAUUUUAUAAGCUUGUAUUUAUUAUUAAUAGUUUCUGUUGAUAGAAGAUUGAUUGAUUGAAGAUAAAA